UGUAUAACAUUUUUUUACUACUUCUUAUAGAUUUGAUGUAAAUAAUUAUGUUUACUUCAUUUGUAUAUUUCUCAUAGUUUUGAUGUAAAUAAUUGUUAUAUAAUAUAUUGCACUACAUGAUGACAGAUCAGGUAGGUUGCUAUGGUGACUGCUAACGCCACAAGUCUCCAUGGUUACUGACAACAAAAGUGAGACUAUAAAGCACAGAGCCUAGAAUGUGGGUGAGUUCUGGAAUGUCUGCUGUUUUUCCACAAUGGAUGGCACCUUAUAUUCCAUAAUUGUGUGUGUAAAAGCCUACGUAGCGACUGGGAAAGCGUUGGCAUUUGGGUGAGGCGGACAUGUGUGCAGGAUAGAAGACACCAGGGAGAACAAGAUGAGGUCCAGUUUUACCAAUAACACCGUGGCCAAGUUAGAACAUGAUCUCUGCGAGCUCCUCCGUGACAUAAACGACUACCAGAGGGAAGGCCCGCCUAUCCACUGCAUCAGGGCCGGGGUCCUGGGCUACCACCGCGAGUCUGACAAGCCCCGACUGGACUUGGCGGACAUGGAGUCAGAGCCUGCAUUAGAGUGGCUGGGGAAGUGCGAGUACUGCCACAGGACGGCCUGGCCUCUGCUGGACAUGAGAUGGGAAGAAGAGAUGGAGACGCUGCCAGGCUUCUGUUGCAUCGAGCGCCAGAAAUUGUGCAUGGCCCUGGUCCAGAAGAGGCCCUCGGUGGAGGCCGAGCAGGAAGAGGAGCCCACCAUGGCCAGGCCGGGACGAGACAAGUCCGCCAUGUACCUGGCGGACGCGCUGCUGCGAGAGAAGAAAGCCCGCAGCAUGAGUCUGGAGAUGCAACGAGGGCUGAGAGAACGCUCAGGAUGGAAGAAGGACGAUGACGGAGUCAAUCGGUCAGCAGAACCCCCCUUCGAAACAACAAACGUCCUCAGCUUCCGACUUGGUGCUGCAGAUCAAGAGUGCUGGGUGGUCAACCGCAACCUGAGGGAAAAUGAAAAUGUUGUGGAAGAGGAGGAGGAAGAGAAGGAGUUGACCUGCGACCACAAGCCAACUCCUUUUGGCAUCUGUCACCAAAAGGAUGGCAAAUUUCAACAGAAGUUUUAUUUGAACGGCAAGACCUUUGUCAACAUGUUCCCGGAUGGCUCAGCUCAGCUCUUUUACCCUAGCGGCCAUGUGGCUCUCAUCGUGGUGGUCACCAAAGACAAAGGAAGGGCUUGUGUAUUGUAUGAUGAAAACCUCAGGACGCCCCAUCGACCCAUCCGAGCCAUCUUCCAGUCUAAUGGCAUGGCCACCUGUUACCACAAAAAUGGAAACAUAUGGUUGAGCCUUAGUCGAUUAGGUGGUCAGUGUUUGGAUGAGACCAGCGUCAGAGUUCGUCGCUGGACCUGGAGAAACCUUCCUCCGCCUCACCUGCCUCCCCUCUUCCUGUCCAUCAAUAGAAAUUUUGGGCUUCGAGUGCUGGCCAAGGACCAAGUGUUUGUCUCUUUCCUGGCUAACGGUCAACAGGCCAGGUGUAGCGUGGGUAGCUGCAGCGUUCAGUGUUCAACGUUCCCACAGUGUAAAUGCACAAAAGCGAGACCUUCCCGUGGACUAUCGGUGCUGAAGGAUGAGCUCUUCGUGCUGGCCGCCAGAAUAAAGAUCCACUUGUGUAUCUACCAUCUCAACUGGAGCCUCAUAGCGCCGUUGCAUCAGAAGACCGUUCCGUCCCCGAGCAUCUGUGCUUUUGGCAAGCGGCUUCUGGAGGUCAGCGCGAACAUGUUGAUGAGUCAGCAUGAGCGCAUCUUCAUCCAGGGCUGCCUUCAGGACUGUCUCUAAACGGCACUCAAGAGAAGACCACUGCUUUCAUAGUCACAAUAGCUUUAUUCAUUGUAUCUCCAAGUUCUGCAAAUAUAAAAAUUAUUUGGAAAUAACAGCAAAACAAUGUCUCCAAUAUUAUUUAGACAACAGCAUGAUAAGAUGUGCACUUCUACAGGGCAUUAGCUAAUGUUUAUUAUUAAUUAUUAAUUCUACACUUGGCUCAGUGGUACAAAUAUGACAAUUGAAUUAGCACAAUCAAUAAGAUAUGACCGGUUAGAGACUACUGAAUAAAACACCCACGAGAGCCAAUCUCUCCUAAUCUGAUGUCUGCUUGGGUAAGAAGGGAAAGAGAAGAAAAUGACUGGCAUGGGGAGCUGUCAAUCCCACUCUGGCGUCAGGGAUGGAGUGUCUCUAAGGGGCGUGGUGACGACGAUGGGGGCAUCCAGUCUGUGCUUGCAGUCGUCCUGCCUUCAGCACAGACCUUCAUAAACAUGGCGUCACAGCCUCAAGAGACUCCCACCUCAAACCUGGACAGGAAACACAGGGAGACUUAGAAAUAACAACUAUUUAGAUGGUCGACUUGUCAUCGGCUAUCUUAACAAGCGUACACAUAUUCAAUGGCUCUGAUUUAGCCAUCAACUUUUAAAUUCAGCUUGAUAUAUUUUUAGCCAUGUGCUUACUAACAACUAAGAUGACAAAUUCAUUAAUAUGUAUUUAUACUGUAACUAUGCUGUUCAUUAGGCUGUGACAAAAAUUUUAAAAACUGUUAAACUUUUGUUGAUUUAAAAGUAAGGACAGGAAAAGUGCAAAAUAAAACAAAUACAUUUUUUAUGUAAAAAAUGAGUCAAAUAAAACUCACUUGCUCAAAAAGUAACAA